AGGAGGCGGCGGCCGCCGGGCGCUGCAGUGGGACGCGCGCGGCUGCGAGCCUGCGGGACAUGCCCCCCGCGCCGGCUCCUUGCUGGCGGCCAUGAAGAGGCAGAACGUGCGGACUCUGUCCCUCAUCGUCUGCACCUUCACCUACCUGCUGGUGGGCGCCGCCGUCUUCGACGCCCUGGAGUCGGACCACGAGAUGCGCGAGGAGGAGAAACUCCGAGCCGAGGAGACCCGGAUCAAGGGGAAGUACAACAUCAGCGGCGAGGACUACCGGCAGCUGGAGCUGGUGAUCCUGCAGUCGGAGCCGCACCGCGCCGGCGUCCAGUGGAGGUUCGCCGGCUCCUUCUACUUUGCCAUCACGGUCAUCACCACCAUAGGUUACGGGCACGCAGCCCCGGGCACGGACGCGGGCAAGGCUUUCUGCAUGUUCUACGCGGUGCUGGGCAUCCCGCUGACGCUCGUCAUGUUCCAGAGCCUGGGCGAGCGCAUGAACACCUUCGUGCGCUACCUGCUGAAGCGCAUCAAGAAGUGCUGCGGCAUGCGCGACACGGACGUGUCCAUGGAGAACAUGGUGACCGUGGGCUUCUUCUCCUGCAUGGGGACGCUGUGCAUCGGGGCGGCCGCCUUCUCGCAGUGCGAGGAGUGGAGCUUCUUUCACGCCUACUACUACUGCUUCAUCACGCUGACCACCAUCGGCUUCGGGGACUACGUGGCCCUGCAGACCAAGGGCGCCCUGCAGAAGAAGCCGCUGUACGUGGCCUUUAGCUUUAUGUACAUCCUGGUGGGGCUGACGGUCAUCGGGGCCUUCCUCAACCUGGUGGUCCUCAGGUUCUUGACCAUGAACAGCGAGGACGAGCGGCGGGACGCGGAGGAGAGGGCGUCCCUGGCGGGCGCGCGGAACAGCAUGGCCAUCCACGUGCCCGAGGAGGCGCUGCGGGGCCGCGCACGCUGCAAGGCGGACGGGGACCUGCAGUCCGUGUGCUCCUGCUCCUGCUACCGGCCGCGGGGGCGCGCCGGCCGCCCCGCGGGCCACCAGAACUCCUUCGGCGCCCAGCUCGGCCCGCAGUACUUCCACUCCGUCUCGUACAAGAUCGAGGAGAUCUCGCCGAGCACGCUGAAAAACAGCCUCUUCCCGUCCCCCGUCAGCUCCGUGUCCCCGGGGCUGCACAGCCUCACCGACGUCCACAGGCUCACGCGGCGCCGCAAGUCCAUCUAGGGGGCGCGGGAGGGGGAGGGGCCGCCCGUCGCGCUGGCCCGGCUCGGCGUGGCCUCCUUGGUUACUUAUUGUCCUUUAUUAUUAUUGUUAGUAUUGUCAUUCGCCGUCACUCUCUCUCCUUCUCGGUUUCAUCCCCGCCCCGCCCCCCUUCCCAGCAGACGGAGCCGGGAACGCCCUGCUCCGAAACUCACACGUGAGCAUGAAGCAUGGACCCCCCCUUCCCCACCUAUGCCUUACAUUCCCCGCAGCCGGCCCGUCGCGGCGGCUUUCCCGCGGCAGGUGUGAGGCCGAGCCCGCCAGACCGAGCUGAGAGGACGCAGACCCAAAGUUGCACGCCGGGCUGAGAGCCGUCAAGCGCCCACCCACGGUGAUGUCUCUGACCGGACUCCCCUCAUUUCCCCCCAAAGGAGUGGGCGGCUGUGCGCGUGUGGGUGCGUGUGCGCAUGCGUGUUUCUGCGUGCGUGUGUGCGUGUGUGUGUGUGCGCGCGCGUGCUGUGCGACCCAGUGGAAAGUAUCGGGUAUUCCUUUCUUUUCUCCCUCGUACAAUUCUGUUAAUAGCCUGCUUUUGGCUGCUUCCAAACAAAAAGGGAAAAACAGAACCUACGAGGUUUUUGAUUUACCAUCUUGCCAAAUCAAAGCAUGUUCCACGAGCCGCCUUGACCCCAGACGCGUCAUGCCCAUAUUUUUAAAAUGCUAGGUUCUAAAUUAUAUUAACUUCUUUUUAGGGGGUGGGGGGGGCAAGACCACAUGGAUCCUUUUAACUUGCCCGUUCAAAACCGUCUCUACAAGCAUGCACUUCGUUGAACUGGUAUGCACUGUCCACGCGAGGGAAGCUAGGGUGGA